GCAAAAUACUGAGGAAUCUGUCUGUAUUUGAGUGUCAGUUCUUCCUUUCCUGUAAUACUGCCUGUCUCUCUGAUCUGAUCUGAUGUCGUCUGACAGCUGCCUGCCUAUGUCCUGAACCCUCGUUGUCAGGGAUACCUCUCCAUGGAGACGCACUCCCAAAGGUAGGGGAGGGCUUUAAGAGAGAGGAGACCCUCACCUUGAUGGAGCAACAAAGAAAGAGUGAGAAAGAAGAAGGAAAGAGCAUAGCAGAGUGAUAAGAGGGGAGGUCACCUGUGUGUAUGUGGAGAACAAGCGGAAAUCAGCAGAAGAAGAAAGGAGAGAAGAAGAGUUGGAUGAAGUGAAAGUGAACUUGUCAGGAUGGGGUAUGAUCUGGAGAGGUUUGUGGGCUAUGUUAAUGAGGGUCUCCUGUGCUGUGUAUGUCGAGAUGUAUUGGAGCGCCCCCUGCAGGCACCCUGUGAACACGCCUACUGCAGCGCCUGCAUCAGCAGCUGGCUGGUCCAUCACCACUCCUGUCCUGAGGACAGACUGCCACUGGACGUGGGCAGUCUCAAACCACUAUACAGGUACAUGCGUAAUGACCUGAACCGUCUGCAGAUCCGUUGUGUGAAUGCAGGGCAGGGAUGUGAGGUGGUCUGCUCACUGGAGAGCCUGCACACGCAUGAGGAUGAGUGCGAGUUUGCCUUCAUAUCCUGCUCUAACACAGGUUGUCCCGUGCAGGUAGAGAGGCGAGGUUUGGAGGCUCACCUGUCAGAAUGUAACUUCCGCAGCAGAGAGUGUCCAAACGGCUGCGGCCACACUCUUCUCUCCAUUGAACAAUCACAACAUAACUGUGUAGCAGAGCUGCGCACUGAAGUGGAGAUGCUAAGGGCAGAGAUGCUAUGCAAGGUGGAGGAGGUGAGACGGGAGAUGGAGUCUCGCUUGGAUUCACAGAGGAGACACAUGGUGCAGAAAGAGUCACAGCUGAAGAACGAGGUUGAGGAGCUCAAGGGUCAGUUGUCCCGUGUGAUGUGUGACAUGCGCGCCCUGUUGGGAGCAGAGCGUCUGAGGAGACAGGAGCUGGCAGAAGCAGAGCUGGAGAAGAGGGAACUGCUGGAGCUCCUCAGAGACCUGCAGCCCACCAGGAGUCAGCAUCCAGUCGAGCAGGCAGCCAGAGACCAGCAUCAGGAAGACCAGCAGACACCAGGAUGGGAGCUCCACACCGAGCCGACGAGACACCAACAGAGGGAGGCUUCCUUACAUGCCUCCAGUAUAUCGCUUCAUUCGUCUCAGGCUAUAAAUGCAUCAGGUCCACCUCCGUCUCCUCAGCUGAGUGAGGGGACGCGCAAAGGUGGAACCCGGAGUCUAACCCUGGACUGUAUCAAGAGGAAGAGCCGGGAGGUCACGGUCAUAUGAGUAAACUGGACUGGACGGGAAAAUUAGCUGAACCAGAAUAGAUGAAAUCUAUAUUUUUUUAAUAUUUGGCAAAGUAUUUCUGCCAUUUAGUCAUCAGAUUAGAGCACAGGUGCAGCUACAGCUUCUGGCAUCAUGACUUUGUUAUUAAUUUGCAAAAGAAAAAAUUCAAUACAUGGAAUUAGCCAUAUGUUGUUUGGAAGGCAGAACUUUUUGUUUAAUUCUUCUACUUUACUGAGAAAGUGAUCGUUUGACUGUAGGCUUAUUUAAAAGUGAAUAGAAAGGUUUGUUGAGGUUUGUUAAUGAUGAGCUCCCCUUUAAUCAUUUAAUGUCCCUUAGAUUUUGUAUCCAACAGGUAUCCAUUAAAAACUGUUCCUCUGAUGCAGUACUUUCUGCUUUGAAAAUGUUUAAAUGAUUUCUGAUUGUCUGCAAGAACUUGACCUAUAUUUUUUUUUAAGUAUUGAAGUCACAUUGGGAAUUCCGUCAUACAGUAUUUGUGUCAGUGUAAGUUAUGAAAUACAAGAUAUAUGCCAAUUGACAAGGUAAGAACUGGAAAAACCAUAUAUAUAAUCUUUGUGUUUUGUUUCCAUUUAGAUUAAAAUUACUGUAUUUAACACCAACAAUCCAAUCUGUUACAUCAGAGCAGUUACCUUGAUUAACAUGUGCAUGACUGUGACAUCCUGGAUUCAAUCUUUGUUGUGCACAAUCCACCUCUAUUUCACAAUCCCUCCUAACUACUACUUUUACUUAUUAAGUACAAAGAAAAAAAAAUCUAAAAAAGCAUCUCUGAGAAAAAAAGGCCACCUUGGGCAGCUAUCAAUGUAGGGGGGAGCACAAGGCUCAAAUCCUUUACAAUCCAAUUUUAAAAUAAAAAACCUAAACAUUUAUUGGUGACUAUGCAUCUCAUCCUACAUCCAUGUUGAAACCUCUGCAGCCUAAAUGCACAUUAUUUUAAUGUUAAAGCUUUGUCAGUUGUUCACCAUGACUUGUUUUGUCUUUUCACACCAUUAAUUCUUUUCAUGCACCCAGAAAGAGUCAAUAAUCUUUUUCCCUGUGUUGUUUUAAUGCUCAAAGUUAGUUCAAGUUUGACUUUUUUAAAGAAUGA